GCCGCGUGAAUGACCCGGAAAUCGCGUCCCAGCAGCUGCUAGUGUCCCGGAAGUGCCUGCAAUUGUCUCUUAAUGUUUGUUUAUGUGAAACAUCAGAGACAUGAGCUCCUCACAGUGAAGUAGGCGAUGGAUGACCCCGAUAGCACAUGAACGCGCCUGAAGUGGGUCAGUUUGUCAAAUGAAAUAUUGAAUGUGUCCGUGAUGAACAAAUGACUCUUCUACACUUGUGUUGUUGUUGUUGUUGUUGUGUGUUUAUGUCAGAUCACAUCAGACUGAAUCCAUGCUUUCUGAUGAGCUUGACUCCAAACCCGAGCUGCUGGUUGAGUUUGUUCAGAACGCCUCCAUACCGCUGGGUCAAACACUGGAGGAGACGGAAAACGAGCCCACCUGCACCCCUCUGCUCUCCCCCUCACAGAAGACCACCUGCAGCUCACUGCAAGUUCCAGAGAGCUCUUUUAGACAUGCUGCCCCCCCGUCGCUGUCAGACUUUGAAUCCGAGCGGAGUCCUCUGGUGUCACAGCUGCCGUCUCCUCCAGAACCAUCAAGCCUCUUCCAAGACCUCCAGAACCAUGACAACACGUCUUACAUUCUGCUCAACCUGGCCAAAGGGCUGGCGGCCGCGUCCGAGCCGCUGGUGUUUGUUCAGGAUGAUGUCGAGGAGGCAGAGGAGGAGAUCUCAGAGGACGGCAGCACUCCGUGGUAUCUGCGUGUACAGGAGCUCGCUCACGACAGCCUGAUCGCCGCCACACGAGCGCAGCUGGCCAAAGACGCCCGAUCCAUCGGCAACGGUGACCACAUCCACAGCUGUCAAUCGGAGGGACCAAAGAAAGAGCCGCUGUCUCGAGCCAAUCGCACACCUGCAGACAAAACCCACAGAUGUCCGUAUGAGAACUGCCACAGAACGUUCACCUGGCCGGCCCACCUGAAGUACCACCUAAAAACACACAGAAACGACCGCAUGUUCCGCUGUGGAGCUGAAGGUUGUGGGAAGAGUUUCUAUGUCCUGCAGAGGCUUCAGGUCCACAUGAGAACACACAACGGAGAAAAACCCUUCACCUGCAGCGAGAAGAACUGUGGCAAGAAGUUCACCACUGCCGGAAACCUGAAGAACCACAGACGUACUCAUACUGGUGAAAAACCCUUCCUGUGUGAGGUGGACAGCUGUGGCCGCUGCUUCGCUGAAUACUCCAGUCUCCGUAAACACAUGCUGGUGCAUUCUGGUGAGAAGCCACACGUGUGCUCGGUCUGUGGGAAAACCUUCUCUCAGAGCGGCAGUCGAAACGUUCACAUGAAGAAGAGACACGGCGAGAACACACCUGUCACCAGCAGCGGGGAAACCGGUGAAGCUCUCACCCACAGCAGCUUAUUGGAGGAGGACGGCAGCGGGGAUUCUGUGGUAAACAUGACGAUGGUGGAGCCCAUGAGUCUGAAUCAUGACAUGUUAAGAACUCAAGGUCCCUCUGAUCCUGUGGCGGUCCUGUCACCUCCUGAUGACCUGGUUACCAUGACAACAGGACACACAUACACUGAUGAUGUGGUCACUCUGCUGUAGCAGCACUUGUUCUUGUAAAUAAACUAUUUUAUGACACA